AUGGCUGAAAUUCAAAACGAGUGGAAGCAAAGAGCUCAAAAAGAAAUAAAUGAACCUUUGGAUUUACAAAUCCCUAUAAAUCAACUACGAGAAUUGAUAAAAAAAGACAUUACUCUAAAUUCAAGAUUGGACGAUGGAUUUAUGAUAAAAUUCUUAAGAGCAAGAAAAUACAAUACGAGCAAAGCAUUUUAUCUGUUACAGCGAUAUUACAAAGCCAGACAAAAAGAUCCGACACUAUAUAACUUAAAUGUGGGACCGUCGACCAAAAAUUUAUUUUUAGAAACAGGAGCCGUCUUCAUGUUACCUGACAGGGAUCAACAUGGUCGUAGAAUAUUCGUUUUCCGAAUAAAUAAAGCGUUACCUGAUAUCAGCAUGGACGAUGUAUUUAAGAUAAACUACAUGACGUUUGAACUCAUAUCUGAAGAACCCGAGACUCAAAUAGCCGGAGUUGUGAUAAUUGCAGAUUUAACAGGAUUUGAGUGGCAUAAACACCAUAAAUACUUAUCGCCGUACUAUGCUAAGAAAGGCGCUGAAAUUGUCCAAGAGAAUUUUCCUUUAAGAUUUCAAGGGUUUCAUUUUAUUAACGAGCCACUCUAUAUUUACACGGUAUAUUCGAUCAUAAAACCUUUUCUUAAAGAAAAGAUACGCUGCCGGGUACACUUCCAUGGAAACAACUUAAGCUCGUUGCAUAAGUACAUAAAUCGUAACAUAUUGCCAGACUACUACGGUGGAGCCAUAUGUUUCGACCCAGCAUCAUGGAUACAUCAUUUUUUGAGUAAAGAUCACUAUUUUGAAGAAAUACAGAAGUACGGAUACAAUACAUCUGUCAAGGAAUAA